GCACGGCAGCGGAAGAUGGCGGCGGCGGGUGGGGGAGGCGCUGCGGUGUCGGUGCUGGCGCCCAGCGGGCGGCGGGUCACGGUGCGGGUGGGGCCCGGCACGGUCCUGCUCCAGGUCCUCGAGGAGGUCUGCAGGAAGCAGGGUGGCAGCCCCGGCGAGUACGGCCUGAAGUUUCAGAGGAAUGUUUUGGACCUGUCCUUGCAGUGGAGAUUUGCUAGGCUGCCCAACAAUGCCAAACUGGAGAUGGUGCCAGUCACUAACAGAGCAGGAGUUGGAACCACGGUUCGGAUAGCAUUACAGCUGGAGGAUGGCUCCCGUUUGCAAGACAGCUUCCUCUGCCAACAGACCUUGUGGGAACUUCUCAACCAUUUUGCAAAGAUCAGGGAGUUGAUGGAACAGCAUGGUGAAUUGUCUCCAGUCUGUAUUUACAUGCGAGAUGAGAUAUCAGGAAAAGAUGCCCUGGAGAAGACAACACUGAAAUCACUUGGCCUGACUGGAGGCAAUGCCAUUGUCAGAGUUGUCAUGAAGAAAUGCAGUUCAUCUGGUGGAGAGGAAGCUGUGGGUGCCACGGUACCUUGUAAUGAGCCAACAGUGAGGCGAGGCUCUAUGGAGGAAGCAGUGGAUGUGCCCCUACCUCAAGCACACACAUUUCCAAAGGACUUGGACCACAGGGAUGUGGCCAUAUCUUUAAACAGCUGCACACACAAGCAAGACUCGAUCAAAGAAUCUCAUGCUAGCUUCGAGGAGCUGUGGCUUUCCCCAGAGCCUGAGCCUACCCCAUUUGCCCCUUUUUUUGGAGAUGGAGAGCAUCUGGGGCACUCUCCUGUAGCUGUACCGUCUUCAAAGCUGCCAACAACUUUUUCCAGCCCUGGAGGCCCUUCUAAGCCAAAGAAGUCUAAGAACAGCCAAGAACUGCAAAAGGAGCAAGAACAGCUUGUAGAGCGUGAGCCCCUUGUGUGUCACCUAGACCUACUGGAACAGCUUCCUGAUGGCCCAGAAGAGCUUCCUGAUGAAUUUUUUGAAGUCACAGUGGAUGAUGUACGGAAACGUUUGGCACAGCUGCAGAGUGAGAGGAAAUGCCUGGAAGAAGCUCCACUGAUGACAAAGUCUUUGAAGGAGUCCCAGCUGAAGGAGAAGUUGAAGCGUUACCCAAAGGUGGUGUUGAGAGUUCAUUUUCCAGACCGCCAUGUUCUGCAGGGGGUCUUUCAUCCCACUGAAACUGUUGGCAUUUUGAGAGACUUUGUAAGAAGCCACCUUGCUGAUGCAGAAGUGCCAUUUUACUUGUUUGUUGCACCUCCCAGAACCGUCUUGAACGAUGAAAGUCUGACGCUGUUUGAGAACUGCAUGGACCAUUCCAGACUGAUGCGCCGGAGAUCCUUCAGAGUAAAGGCUCACACAGCGGCAGCUAAACUUUUUCCAACUGCUGUCAUUCAUUUUGGAUCUGAGGAGUGCAGGGCUUGUUACCUGAAAUCGGACCUGCUGAGCUCUGCAGUUUCUCCUUCUGCAGCUGAUUUAUUAGUAGCCAGAUGUUUGUCCAGAUCCUUAGUUCCUUCUGCUUCAUCAACUUUAGCAUCAGUGGCUCCAUCCCUAUCUGAACCAGAAGCGGGAAGUGACAAGAAGACUAUUGAGCAACCAGAAGCAGCCAGCACCCAGGGAGCUCCACAAGUAUUGAGAAAGGCCCCUGGGAAAAUACCCAAAUGGCUGAAGCUUCCAGGUGGAAAGAGAUGAAGCAUCCUGGGUUGCUGGAUCACCGAGCUAUCAGCUGUGCCCUUUUCUCCACAAACUCACUAAGGAUGUGUAAGAUGUGUUGGUGGCCCUGGAGAGAUCUAAUCUGUAUGAACAUUAGUUAUAAAGAGAGAAUGGCUAUUUCAGAUGUCAGUUGCACCUGGUGGAGGAGUGGAAGGCCUGUUUGUGGUCUUUGUGACUACAGAAGCAAGGUUAGAGGUUAAAUUUAAGGUUUCUUGCAUGCAAAUAAUAAGAAUAGAGAAUUAAGGGGGACAUGAUUCCUAUAUACUUUCUGCAAAGGACUUUGUUCCUAUCUGUAUUUUUAAAUUCAACUCCUCCCAGUUCCACCUUCAGAGAUGACUUGAGUCUAGCUGCCAGUAUUCUAGCAGCAAGAUACAAUCUGGUUCAGCUUUACCUAUAAUUAUUAAGUGGUGCCUAGAACAAGACUUUUUCUGCUUCUUAGCGAGGAGGGUUAGUGCUGCUGAUAAUGCUGGACAUAGAUGGCUGGAAAAUGAAUGAAGAGGAAGCAUUUAAGUCACUUAAACCAGUUCAGAUCAGCCUUUCCUGUGAAGCUCUUGGGCUGCUGCACUUGUAUUGUGUUCAGUUGCCAGAAUCUUGUCAACAAGGAAUACAAGUUCAUGGAAUGCCUGUUGAGCAUGUUUCUGCCCUAAGCUCUAGUUUUAUUUUCACUGUGUAUAACUACCAUCAGUAAUUAAUUACAGCAAGGAAGAAACCAUCCACUUAAAGGGUCUCUUCAAAUGACAGUUGAUUGGUGGCCUGAGUAUUCCCAGAGCAGGGUAGCUGUGCUCUGCACCGCAGUUAGUGUACAGGGAAAAGGCCCAGUCCGGAUCUUUGUCUCCUGCAGACAUCGUAAGGGGAUGAUUAUUGGUUAGAAUUGCCCUUAUGCUGGAGAUGAACUCUGUAGUGGCACGGCAGUCAUGGUGCUGGGUUUUAUUUGAAGUCUUCUCCACGGAUCAGUGGUCUGCGGAGAGCUGGGCUUCCAUGGUACAGUAAUACCGUGUUUUCCAUUUUCCUUGUUUCCUCCCUGCACUACGUGUGCAUCUGCACAAUUUGUAGAUGUAAUAAAGCAGAGUGGCCAUGGGAGCCCUUUUGGUCAGUCCCUUUGAUAGUUUCUUGCCCUGGCACUUGGUAUGUCUGUCAGUUCACAGGAACCUGCUCUCUUUUCAAUACGCCUGUCAUGACUCGUUCCCUUCCUCCCAUUUUUUUUCAACAAAGCAAAAUGGAGCUUUGUACCAUCUGAAUGAGCUUCAAAGUGGCUAGAAAGGGCACCCUGGGUUCCUGGCACUUGUCAUUGUCUCCCUGCCUGGACAACAUUUCCCUUCAGGUCUAAUUACUUCCAAAUGCUCACAGAGAUGCUUUGAAGAAACUUGGAGGGAGGGGGAGGCAUGAAAGAAAGGUGGAAGAGGAAAAAGGAGACUCAAAGCAGAAGGAGCAAAGAAUGCUUUAGCAAAAAAGUUGAUUGAUUUCUUAUAUGACACCCAAAGGUAAACAGGGAACGUGUGUGGCCACUGGCAGUGGGAAUGGGAGAGCACUGUGUACAGCUCCUGUACUAAAUCCUCCCUGUGGAAAGCAAGCCCUUCUGCCACUUGACAGCCUAUAAAAGACAUACCACAGCAGACCUGAAAAACCAUUCAAAUAAUAAAGUUUAUUACUCUUUAGAGGAUUAAGUGUGGGCUGAGCCUGUACUCCAUAGGACUGUCAGUAUCUUCGUUCAGGUGCUGUUAUCAGGCUUAUUCAUGUCACACAAAUCAGAGGUAGACGGUAGCUAGAGCUGCCUUGUUGAAUUUAUACAGGAUAUCCCUGUGGAGAAACCAAGAGCUAUUGCUAAUGAUAAGCAGUGAAAUACCUGUGCUGGUGUUUUUUGUUCCCAGGAUUAGAAUAUGCAGAAGCAGUGUGGUUGGGAGGAAGUUGCAGUGUGCCUUCAGAUGUGCUAGUCCUUAUUUUUCUGAAGGGCACAGGUGACAUCAAAUAGUACAAUCUGCUUAGCUGAUUUGCUUAAGUGUUUUAGUUCUGUCAGUUUUUGUAAAGGGUUAGCACCAUAACUAUCCCCUGCAAGCACCUGACAUGGGAAAACAAGUUUAGGGACACAAGCAACAAUACCAGUAUUCCUGGGGCAGUUUCAUGGGUUAAGUGUAGGGGCUUUACAUUGCUGACUGUUCCCUCAGGCAGUUCUGCCCAUGCUCCUCCCUUGUGUAACUCAGCUGUGCAUCAAACCCAAUUUAACCACAAGAAUGAAAAAUUGCUACCUUCAAUAGCUAGACAAGAGGUCUUAUUCCCCUUCCCUAUACAAAGAGUUACUUUUAGCUGCUGCUGCUAUUCAAUUGCUGCUUUACUGUGGAUGUCCACAUCAGCAGUUCUCUUCUCUGUGUUGUCAGGGAAGGGAACUUGAGCCUUUUUAGGGCAGCGACUUUAGGACUGCUGUUUCAGUUGGAGGCAGAGAUGAGGAUCUGAAACUGGAAAAGGCAAGAAAGCAGGAGUGAAUUCUUUAAGGGGGUAAGAUGCCCCCACAUUUAAAACUGUGGCCUCUUCGCUAAGGUACUUGCUACAAGGAUUCCUGCCCUACUGCAGAACAGUACCUGCAGAUACCUGAUGAGCUGGUUUUGUUUCAGUAUUGCUUCUGCUAUAGUAGGUGAACUCAUCCCUAGGGUUUUAGGACAUUCAACGGUAGUAUCACUUGCUUUUACUUUUGUAAUUGCCUUUUUUUAACCAAUGAUUGUGGGGCUGAAGGCUGAACUAGGUCAGUUCCUUCAUUGCACGUGUUGUACAGCUGAACAGUUGUCUCAGCUGAGAAGCUGCAGUGCUGAGAGCUGGGGACUGCUUAAGCUGGUACUGUUACCAGAAUAUGUACUAAAACUGCAUUUUUGUGGGGUUUCCAAGUGGCUGGUGUCCUGAGGGAUGACCCUGAUAGCUCCUAGCUCAAAGUGUACAGUGACCUACUGAGCCUCUGCCUGUCACAGCUGUUCCUGAGAAAAGGACUGCUAGCUAUGGCUGAUCCUACAGCCUGCAGAGUGCCAGCGGCAGGAGCGUGCAGGCCCCAAGCCACACCACCAUCAGCUGUGCUCUGUGCAGCCAGCCAUGCGUUUCCCAGCAAAGCCAGUUGGGUUGUGUGGGUCCUGCCCACAUGUGUAAGGUUUCUUAUUUCACAGUGGCCCCCCUGCUGCUAGAGGGGCCAGGCUGUCCCAUGAUGUGGGAUUCUCACACAUGCUGUUUGUUUUUUGUCCUUUUUUCCUUUCGUCCUACAAAGAUUUAGGGAAGAGGGUGGGUGAGGGGGAAACGCUGCAAGUCUUUGAAGCGACUUGACUUUUGAUGAUGAAUUGCAGCAAAGAGCCUACACAAGGAGGGGAGACUUGUUUUUAACUUACUGAUGUUUCUUUGUGAGAACAAAUUUAUAGCAGAGGGGGAGCAGCCUCUGAGGAGAAUACUGAAUGGUUAAAAGGUUUCAAGUAUUCUUUGAUGUCACAGCCCUGGAGAAAUACUGGAAGGUAGUGACGGACAGACACUGUUUAUUUAUAAAAUAAAGAUCAGUUGCCUGCUCUUGGCGAGAGCCUGUGAAUGA